GCUCUCGGGUGACUGCGCCGGAGGUCGGAAGGAAGCGAGGCGAGGGAUGAGUCAUCCCGCCUAAUUCCUCUUUCCCGGUCCCCUCGCCUCCGCGCGCCGGCCCCCUCCCGAGAUCUUGAAGCCGGGAGCGAAGAUUCCCCACAUCCUCAGAGUCCUCCACCAAACCCCCUGUGGCCUGCGGAGGAGAGAGAAGGACGGGCCUUGUGGCCAAUGAGAACUUUGCUCUCUCGCCCGCCGUCCAAUAGGCCGCUGUUUAUAAGCUGGGGCGGGACUAGGAGGAUAGGAGGGGGCGGCCCCAGGUUGGCGCGCGCCGCUGCUGUUCUGUGGCUCACAGAGAGAGCGCCUCACCAGGAGUCGGCGCCUAGGCGACACGGAAAGGCGCCACUGCCACAGCCGCCGCUGCUGGCCAAGGUGCUGGACAAGACAGGCCCGUCGGCCACUCGUCAGCUCAGGCGCCGGUUGCAGCCGCCGCUGCUUCGCUCCCAGCCCAGUCCCCAUGGAAGAGAUGGAAGAAGAAUUAAAAUGCCCCGUGUGUGGCUCCUUCUACCGGGAGCCCAUCAUACUGCCCUGCUCUCACAAUAUAUGUCAGGCGUGCGCCCGCAACAUCCUGGUGCAGACCCCGGAGUCGGAGUCCCCUCAAAGCCGACGGGCCUCGGGCUCCGGGGUCUCCGACUAUGACUAUCUAGACCUGGACAAGAUGAGCCUGUACAGCGAGGCGGACAGCGGCUAUGGCUCCUACGGGGGUUUCGCCAGCGCCCCCACUACCCCGUGCCAGAAGUCCCCCAACGGCGUUCGAGUGUUUCCCCCAGCUAUGCCGCCACCGGCCACCCACCUGUCACCGGCCUUGGCCCCGGUGCCCCGCAACUCCUGUAUCACCUGCCCCCAGUGCCACCGCAGCCUCAUCCUGGAUGACCGGGGACUCCGCGGCUUUCCCAAGAACCGCGUCCUGGAAGGGGUAAUUGACCGCUACCAGCAGAGCAAAGCGGCGGCCCUUAAGUGCCAGCUCUGCGAGAAGGCGCCCAAGGAGGCCACCGUCAUGUGCGAACAGUGCGAUGUCUUCUACUGUGAUCCGUGCCGCCUGCGCUGCCACCCACCCCGGGGGCCCCUAGCCAAGCACCGCCUGGUGCCCCCGGCCCAAGGCCGGGUGAGCCGGCGGCUGAGCCCGCGAAAGGUCUCCACCUGUACAGACCACGAGCUGGAGAACCACAGCAUGUACUGCGUGCAGUGCAAGAUGCCCGUGUGCUACCAGUGCUUAGAGGAAGGCAAGCACUCCAGCCACGAAGUCAAGGCAUUGGGGGCCAUGUGGAAACUGCACAAGAGCCAGCUCUCCCAGGCGCUGAAUGGGCUGUCGGACAGGGCCAAGGAAGCCAAGGAAUUUCUGGUGCAGCUGCGCAACAUGGUCCAGCAGAUCCAGGAGAACAGUGUGGAAUUUGAGGCCUGCCUGGUGGCUCAAUGUGAUGCCCUCAUUGACGCCCUCAACAGGAGGAAAGCCCAGCUGCUUGCCCGCGUCAACAAGGAGCACGAGCACAAGCUAAAGGUGGUCCGAGAUCAGAUCUCUCACUGCACAGUGAAACUGCGCCAGACCACGGGUCUCAUGGAGUACUGCCUGGAGGUGAUUAAGGAAAAUGACCCUAGUGGAUUUUUGCAGAUUUCUGACGCCCUCAUCAGGAGGGUGCACCUGACUGAGGAUCAGUGGGGCAAAGGCACACUCACUCCCAGGAUGACCACGGACUUCGACUUGAGUCUGGACAACAGCCCUCUGCUGCAGUCCAUCCACCAGCUGGACUUCGUGCAGAUGAAAGCUUCCUCUCCAGUCCCAGCGACCCCCAUCCUACAGCUGGAGGAGUGUUGCACCCACAACAACAGCGCCACCCUGUCUUGGAAACAGCCGCCUCUGUCUACGGUGCCCGCGGAAGGAUACAUUCUGGAGCUGGAUGAUGGCAAUGGUGGUCAGUUCCGGGAAGUGUAUGUUGGGAAGGAGACCAUGUGCACCGUGGAUGGUCUUCACUUCAACAGCACAUACAAUGCUCGCAUCAAGGCCUUCAACAAAACAGGAGUCAGCCAGUACAGCAAGACCCUGGUCCUCCAGACGUCCGAGGACACAGAUUCAGAAGAACAGACCCUCCCUUUUCCAGUGCCUUCGGAAAGAUUGCCGCUCCGUAGAAUGAGUCCUUUCUCCUCUACCCUUAAUCUACAACCCAGCUUUCCAGGGAGAUCCUACUUUGAUUUCCGAUCCUCACCCCACCAGCUGAGUUUGCAUUCCUCUUUACAGUCUCUCAAUGCACCGGGAUGCAAUUUUGAGACACAAUCUGCACCUUACUCUCAAUUAGUUGACAUUAAAAAGCUGUUGGCAGUGGCCUGGUUUGCUUUCGACCCUGGCUCGGCGCACUCUGACAUCAUCUUCUCCAAUGACAACCUGACUGUGACCUGCAGUAGCUAUGAUGACCGAGUGGUGCUGGGGAAGACCGGCUUCUCCAAGGGCGUCCACUACUGGGAGCUCACUGUGGAUCGCUACGACAACCACCCCGACCCUGCCUUCGGCGUGGCUCGCAUCGACGUGAUGAAGGAUGUGAUGUUAGGAAAGGACGACAAAGCAUGGGCAAUAACCGAGGGAGGGAUCACAAAGGGGGCCACAAUCGGGGUCCUCCUCGACUUAAAUAGAAAAACCCUGACAUUUUUUAUCAACGAUGAACAGCAAGGUCCCGUAGCGUUUGACAACGUGGAGGGGCUGUUCUUCCCGGCAGUCAGCCUGAACAGGAACGUGCAGGUCACGCUUCACACCGGGCUCCCAGUCCCCGACUUCUACUCCAGCAGAGCAUCAAUUGCCUAAGUAUGUGCGGUGGAGGCGCCAGCAGCCUAUUCUUCCCUCUGCCUGGAGGGUGACAGCAAGGAGCUCCGUCAGAGCUGGAGAGAGAGGAAGGAAGAGGAGAGAAACACUGAUCCUCACACCCCACACCCCACCCCUUUCCCUCCAGCCUCUCUGCUGCUGUAAAACCUGCUUUCUCCUCCAUGUUCAGCAAUUCUAGCCAACAGAGGACCUAGACAGCCCACCGCGUCACUUCGUUUCCAAGCCCAGAUUUUGCUUUUAUUUACAUUAACUUUGUAUGUAGGUGAGUUAUCUUUUGUUUCUUUUCUGAUCACAUCAUGGGUGACCUGCUGAACUGUCAGUGCCAAGAGAAAAUUCUCCUGAUAACUUUUUUCUUAAACUUCCUGUCAAAGGUAGGUGGUGGGGAGAGGUAGGGAAGAAUGAGCUGAAUUGGGAGCUUGCAGUUUAGAAUGUUCUUGAAUGUUCUUGCCCUGUGACCUCUCAUACAUUGUUAGCUCUGCAAAGCUCAUCUUUGGGAGGUGAGCAGAGGAAAUAGGGCAAAGCAAAGUUUUUGCUAUCUAUUGAAUCACAAAAAUAGCAGCUACAUGGCUACACAAAAGUUCACAGUGGGGUAGGAUCAUAGGACAGCUGGGUCAUUAGGACAGGCCAGAAACCCUGGUCACUGAAUGAAAUUGGAAAGUCUCUAAGCAGAGGCAGGCCAGGGGACUUCAUGUUUCAGUUCAUUUAAUAAAUACAAAUUUUUAAUUGAGAAUCUGCUAUGGACCAGGCACUGUUCUAGAUACUGGAGACAAUGGUGACUACACAAGUGUUGUCGCUGCCCUCCUGGAGCUUAUAUUGUCCUAGGAGAACAAACCAAAAAUAAAAUUAUUACAAACGGUGAUUAGCACCAGAAAGGAAAUUAAGAAGGGCCAGAGAAGCUCAUUGGCAAGAUCUUUCAGAUCCUCUAGAAUGAUGCUAAAAAUCCAUACAUUUUGACCAUAGGACCGGAAACAUACCAACUCAAUGCCUUUUCAACCGUGCUAUUUUAAUUAUGGUACCUGCUGCUGCCAUUCAUCAUAGAGCCCUUCUUUGGGAGAUAUGUCAGCAUUCUUAUUUGUUAAUGCUGCAAUGAUACUAAGCCUUAAAAAUAAAUGUGAAAAAAAAAAUUAGUGACCAGAAGGAGGAGGACCCGUUCUCCACAGUGGGGAAUCUUAAGUUGCAGUUCAUGGCAUUCACAUCCUCAGGAUUAACACGCUUGUCUGGGUGUAGACUCUCUCUGUGCCUGUUACAAAUGAACAGUCCAUCUACUCUGCUGCCAUUCACAACCUAACUUUCCGGAAUAUUUCAAAUAACGUUUGGAAGAAAAUGAAAUUGUAGGUCAUUGCUGCACUGAUAGCGGAAGGAUAAGCUUAUUACUUCCAUGCAGAGAUAGACUUACAUAAGCUACCCUUCCGGUUCUUUAGGUUGACAUGAAGUUUUAGGAAAUGUAGGCCCUAGAAAGAGGUUCUGGUUAGUUGUCUAAAUAUUUGCCAGGGAGCCAAGAAGUUCACCAUGAAAAAAACAAAAAAACAAAAACAAGAGUUACAAAAGGGAAGGGUUAAGAUGGGAAAGCUAACAAACUAAAGUUUUGGCAAAAAGUAAUAUAUGUAAAUAGCUAAUAAUUUACUUUUGUGCUUCCUUUAAUCAGAUUAUUUCUAUCAGCUAUGGUGUUUUUCUAGCUCAGUGUACCUAAUUUAUUGAAUGGGUGCUAUCCUGUUUGUGUCCACCGUGGUUUUUCUUGGCUACAGAAACACUCUGUUGCAGGCCAACACUAAUUUUCAUAUUUGAUUUACUCUCCAAUGAGACUCGAUGGCUGGGCCGCUGUAGACUCAUAGUUACUCUUGUUCUUUAUCAAAUUCAUCUUGCUAAUUAGAUUUCUAGUGACUGGUAACACAUAGUUUACACAGAAUUGCAAUUAUAGAUGCAUAUAGCUGCUGUACUAGAAAAAAAUGGGUAUUUCUGGUGUGCCAAUAAAUGAUUUUUAUGACAGAGCA